AUGGAGACGCCUCGCCAAGAGGGCGUCGGCAGCGCCAGUUCGGGAGACAUCACCAGAGGCACGACUCGAGACACCGGCCGCGAGGAUGGUGGCGCGCCGCGAUAUGUCAUACCGCCGAGGGAGCUCACGGCCGUUGAGAUUCCGGCCGUCGUCGAAGACAUUGACAGGGCCGUCAGAGCAUUUGGCAGGGCACCCUCUCUGCGGCAUGUCCUGGAUCCCCUCAGAAACUCAAUACCACUGUAUAUCAAUCCAGAGGAGCCGUUCUGCCCGCCCAUCAUGUCGCAUAACGCAAGGUCUCACAACGUUGUCCUCAAGAUCACCGUUCCCAAGAGGACGGGGAGGAAGCGUAAACGCGGGACGGAUGGGCCAUGGCAAGGAGACAUGGAUCUCCAAGGCACUGACGCCUCAGCUUCAGCUUCAGAAAACGUCCAGUCUGUAGCACGUCGCGAUGACCCAAGACUUCUGAGGCGAAAGCUCGAGGACAACGUUGGCAGAUAUCAUGUCGAGGCCGUGGGCUUGAUCAAGCACACUCAUCGCUUCAGAGGCCUGGCUGACUUUUACUGGGACAUGGACAAAUCAUCGUUCGCGCGGAGAUAUGUCGAUCAAGUCCUUUCCGGAGAUGUCGACAAGAUCAAGCAGUUCAAGUUUACCCCUGGCAUCGAUCAGGGUCCCAACGUGGACAUCAUACCACCACCAAUCUUCACCCACAUGAGCUUGCCCUUCAACUACUUCUACUCACAGAACCCAUACGUUCGAUUGACGGAAGAUGGCGGCACUGUCAACACGACUGCCGUCAAGCAAGUUGGUCACUUUAUAGGGACAGAAGAUCCCGCCCCCACCGGCCCCCAAAUCCCACCCGACAUGACAGAUCCUCGCAUGGUUGAAGUUAUUGCUCAGCUCGAGGAGGCAUUCGAAGAUCGGCCGGUCUGGACUCGGCGGUCUCUGUUAAACCACCUUGCCGGCAAGCUCCGAAAUUGGAAUGAGCUGAAAAAGUACCUCAACUAUACGGCCUACCAGUUCAAGGGUGGACCGUGGCGAGACGGAGUCGUGCCGUAUGGAAUCGACCCUAGAACUGACCCCAAGUACCGCAUCUACCAGACCCUCAUGUUCAAGCUUCCUAAGCAGAAGAGAGCAAAGAAGGACCAGACCUGGCAAUCCCUGCGAAGGGUUCAGAUGGGCCGGACAAAGGAAUUUGUUCAGGAGUUGUCGGCCAGCCACAUUUUUGACGGAGAGACGUACCAUACCGAUGGUAAGGUGUGGCAGGUGUGUGAUAUCACGGACCCCUUGCUCCGGGAGCUGCUGGAUAAUGCAGAGGUGCGUCCAACCUGGGAUGUAAGCAGUGGGUGGUAUCACGGGGGGCUGUGGGCCAAAGUCAAGGCCAUCAUGAAGACGAAGCUCGUGGCGAUCCAGUUCGGUCGGCGCCUGACCAAGGAGGACUUUGCCCCAACGCUGCAAUGCGGAGACCAGACGCCUAUCCGGUCAACUUCGGCCACCUUUCAUCUGCCACUGCCCAAUCUGCACCUCACGAAGGAAGAGCUUACGCUACUCCGGGGUCGGGAGCCGUCGAAGAAGAAGAAGAGCCAGGUGUAUAACGUGAGGGUCCGUCCUCGCGCCAAAAUGGGUGUGGAUACAGAAGAACAGUCGUCUGUUGCGCCAAAUGAUGCCGAUGCCGAUGCAGACGCAGACGCAGACGCAGAAGUGGAUGUGGAUGCGGAAGCUGAGGAAGUCAGCAUCCUCGAUAGGAUGGACCAGAGCGAGGACUCUGAAGCUGCUAGCGAUGACGAUGAGGAAGACGAUGAUGGUGACGACGAUGAAGACGACGGUGAGAUUGAGAAGGGCUUUGACGAGGAAGAAGGGAUGGGGACCGUUGGCUUUGGGGAAGACGAGGAAUCUUGGCCUUGGGACGCAAUGGAUUCCCAUCCCUUCUCCGAGGGCCCUUGGUUCUGCAAGCAUUGCAACAAGCCCUUUUCCGUCUAUGAGGACCUGAUCAAGCACAAGAGGUACAUGCGGAACGAGAACAAGGAAGACCACAUUCAUUGCAAGCUGUGUGGCCGUGAUUUCCACACCCUGGAGGGCGAGAUGAAACACAUGCAGGUGGAGCAUCCUCUUGAGCAAAAUCUGGAGUGUCCCGGCUGUGGUCAAGGACCGUUCAAGCGCCUGGGUGCUCUCAUUGACCACAUCGAGCGAGGGUUCUGCACGCGCAUUGAUACAACCGUACUCGAUGAACUUCGAGAGGAGAAGCUCGAGUUUCCCCGACGCUUGCAGGAGUUGACAAAGGAACCCGUCAAGGGAAACUACACCAAGUACAUGCCGUCGACUACUGCCGGAAGCACAAUCUCGGGCUGGCACAUUGACAAGGAGCCAACCUCCUUCAAGUUUGUUGAAGAAGAGUUUCCAGACCUAUCGGAUACCGAAGAUGGUGGCGCUCAGCUGACCGAGACCACAUCGUGGAGCAAGUCGAAGCCGAGUAGUGGUAACGGCAAUGGCAACGUCCAGACCCAACAAUUACUCCAGCUUCCAUUCCGGCCUGCUAAAAGGACACUCCGCCCAGCCUUCAGGUCGGGAGUGUCCACCGUCACCGCGGGAAUGGACCCCGACGACCCAGACUGCCCGUCAUUCAACGCCUCCCGCUACUACUGCGUGUACUCUAACAAAUACAACUGCCCAAAACGCCUGUGCGGGAAAACUUUCAAAUCAGCGAAGGGGCUUGUCGGCCAUCUCCGGUCGCCAGUCCAUGGAAACAAGAGCUACAGAUGCCCAUACUGCCUCCGCAUCUUCAAGACUCUGGCAGGCAUCACAUCGCAUGCCGAGUCCCGAAGCUCCAGAUGUCGAAUUCAAGACACGGAGCAUUACGAGGCCUUUAUGGAUCAGCUGACGGCAGGCCUUGUGGACGUCGAGAGAACUCGGUAUCAGGAUGGAAGCGUCAUCUUCAAGACCUCGGAGCAGGUCAAGCAGAAGCUGCGUGGAGAGGCUACCGUAAACAAGACAAAGUAUCCCGUCAGUACCGUGCCAGAUGACGUCUACUGGUAG